GGGAGGCUGUCGGGGGGCGGCGGCGGCGGCGGGUCCCCCCCCGCCGCCCCCAUGUCGGAGGGGCCGCCCUACGGCGAGGGGCAGCUGGCGGGGGACGCGGCCGUGGGGCAGCUGCCCUUCCCCGUUCGCCUCCGCGGCGGCGACGGGCUCCUAGCCGGCGGGCAGGGCAAGCGGCCGCCCAAGCUGGGACAGAUCGGUCGCAGCAAGAGAGUGGUUAUUGAAGAUGAUAGAAUUGAUGAUGUGCUGCAAAACCUCUCCGAAAAGGCCCCUCCCGGUGUUUAAAGUCUCCCUGGGGACGCUGGGCUGAGACUCGGGGUGCGGUCGGUUUACAAUGGCACAGGUGCCCGGCAGAGAAUAACCCCCAGCACCGCAGCGACCGCCGAGCGCCGCGAACGCCGCCCGCGCCCGCCUGCGGCCCCGCGGCUCCUCCUGCCCUCCGGAGACGCGGGAGGGGAGGGCGGCGAGCGAGCCAGAGGCCAGCCGUGAAUUCAAAAAUGAUAAUAAAUUAAAAUAUAUCUAUGUAA